UGCAGCUUUGUUCUUGGGUUUCGCCUCCGUAAACUCUGCCAUAAGCGCCACUGAAUUAUUUAGGGCAACCAUGCCAUCGCAUCGCUAUCGCGUUUUUCUGCGAGCGGGAAUCUCGGAGGAGCAUAAGGAGGAGGUUUUGCGAAGCUUCUUCGAGAAGUUCGGGACCGUGAUCGACGUGUACGUGCCGCGCGAUCCGUUCACCGGCGCGCUGAAAGGCAUCGCGUUUAUAUCCUUCGAAGAGGAAGGCGCUGUGAAAGCCGCGGUGGAAAACGACUCAUACGAGAUCUGCGGGGUAACCAUUCCCAUCACCAAAGCCGAACCUCGAGGACCGGAGCAGUCCACCCGCCGCCGAGCCUAUAACGACGACCGACCCUCCCACCGAACCUCCGCGUACCCGCCGUCUUCCCUCGGCCUGGCAGCCGCAGCAGCUGCACCUCGAGGCUCUCUAGGUCCGGCAGGAGGCUCGUUAGCAGGCUUGGAAUAUUACUCCGCCGUGCCUCUAGUCACAUCUGCCGGCUAUGGCGGUCUGUCAGCCGGAGCUGGUCUAGGUUCGGGCUAUGGAGGGGGGUAUAUUCUUUCAAACUCCAUGGAAGGGUACGGGAGGAGUGGAGGAGGGGGAGGAGGGGGGGGAGGGGGAGGGGGAGGAGCAGGGAUGGACGAUGAGUUUCGGAUCUUUGUGGGCGGAGUGCAGGAGGAGAUCAGCGAGCAAGACGUGAAGGACCACUUUGAGCAGUACGGCACGGUGGAGGACGUGUAUUUCCCCAAGGACCGAGCCUCGGGUGCCCGCCGCGGCUUCUGCUACGUGCGCUUCAACUCGUUUGCGGCCGCGGACGCUGCGUGUGCGCGCAGCCAGCGCAUGAUAAAGAGCACCCCCAUCCACGAGAUCCGCAUGGCGCAGCCCAGGCCGGGGGCCCCUGGCGGAGGGAGGGGGGAGGGGCGGAGAGGGGGAGGGGGGGAGGAGGUGGAGGAGGGAGGACGGGAGGGAGAGGGAGAGGGAAUACGAGAGGGGGGGAGGAGAGGGGCGGAAUGGGGAUGGCGGGGGGCGGUCGCGGUACCGGCCAUAUUGAGAAGAAAAUGGAAGGACUGACUGAGUGCGUGAAAGAUGCCACAAACGGCACAGGAAGACGGAUGAUGGCUGCACUGACGGUGUAACAACGGUGUAACGACGGCGUAACGACGGCGAACGGACGUACGGACUUCCCGAAGGAAGGAUAAGGGAUGGAGGACGGAGGGAUAAGGGACGGAGGAUAAGGGACGGAGGACGGAGGAUAAGGGACGGAGGAUAAGGGACGGAGGAUAAGGGACGGAGGAUAAGGGACGGAGGAUAAGGGACGGAGGAUAAGGGACGGAGGACGGAGGGACGGCUCGACUGGUCGACCUACCGACCGACCGACCGACCGACUGAAACACGGAGGGCAGAGAUUGGCAUGGACUGACAGACACAUGGUCUGUACUGUUGCUGGCUGAAGCAUGCUGACGGGGGCAAUGGUGCUUACGGGCAGUGCCUGCCUGGAGUAAGCCUCUGCUGGCUUGGUCACUGUCUUGCCUACCAUGUUGACAGAAUGGCCGGCUGAUGUCUCCAGCCGAUCCUUGCUCUAUAUCCCCCCUUCCCCUUUCCCCCCUCUCUUCUACCCCCCCUUCCCCGUCGCUCCGCCCCCCCUUCCCCCAUUUCCCCCCUUCCCCCUCCCCCUCCCCCUGACCUCCCUUCCCCCAUUCGCCCCUCUCCCUCUCUCUCCCUCGUGUCUAUUGGCCGCCUCUUUUCUGCCGUCUCUCUUGGUAACCCGAAGGAGUUUCUUUUUUCAUUGAUGCGUAGUCCCCCCCCAUAGCAAAAAACACGCACCCUAGUAUGGUAGGUGAAGAGGGUGUCGGCUUCUCAUUUCCAACAUAGGGAAGACUCUAAAAUGCACUUAAGGCUGAAUCAGCAUUUAGCUUCAGUUGACCCUACUCAUGGUUUCCCUUCCAUGUUUGUGAAUUAGUGCGUGCACAGCUGGGCUUGAGUUGUAAAUUUUAAUGUGCCAUAUUUGAUACGGUAUCCA